UCCCCUCUCUUCCCCUCUCUCCAGUUAUUUCCCCAGAACCCGAUCCCAACCUAUCUCCGCCGCCAUCGUCACCUUCUCCCGCCGCCUCCGCCGCUGAUGAAACCGGCCACCUCGACGGCCUCCUCCUAUUUCUCGACGCCUCCUCGACGCUAUCCAUCGCCAACCUCCGAGCGCACUUCCUCCGCCUCCGAUCCCAAACCCUAGCCCAAGGUCGAUUUUAAUCUGAAGGUGCAUCAAAAACUCCUUGUUUUUAUAUUUUUAGAAGUCUAUCAGUAUUCGUGUUAUUUUGUACAAUGGAGGUUUCUGAAUCUAGUUGGAGUCGGAGUAAUAAGAGGGAUGUUGAGGAUGGAACAGAGGCUAGAGAAAGUAGUAGGAUUGAAGAUGAUGAAGGUUGGGAUGGUUCAGAUAAGAGGAAGCACCGUUCGAGUAAGUCCCAUAAACACAAUAGUAGUCAAGAAGAAGUUGAAGAACAAGAUAGUGGAAGAAGAAAGAGCUCUGGGGAUCGGGGAGGAAUCAGAAAGAAGUCAGGUAGCUCAAGCCGUGUUGGCAGCGGAGAUGAAGAUGACUAUGAUUCAAGGAGGGAGUCGUGGUCCAAGAUUCCAAGGAGGAGCCUUGAUGAGAAAGGUGAGAGGAGAGCAAGCGAAGGUUAUCGUGAGAGAGACUUAGAUAGCAGUCGGAGGAAUAGAGAUGAAGAGCCUGAGUUGAACUCUUUGAGGAAAUCGAUCAUAAAGCCUUCCGUUGGUCAAGAAACAUCUCAGGGAAAAUCUCAGGGAAAAUCAGGAAGUAAAGUGGAGAGUUCUCAUGAGAGGGAUGUUGAGAAGGGACGCGAUCUUGAAACAAAGUAUCCUGAUGGCAAGGAGAGUGGUAGAGAGAAGGAUUAUGGAUGGCAUGAACAGGAAAGGAAUCCAGCAAGGAGAAGGGUGGAUGAGGUAGGAACUGGCAGGAGAGCCGAGGAAAUUAACUAUGGCGAUAGAAAAGCUUCUGAUCAUUAUAAGCACGGGAAUAAUAGAGAAAGAGCAAUUGAUCCUAGAAAUGAAUCUGCUGAAGAGAGAAGUAGGGCUGUGGAUUCAAGCAGAGAGAAAAGUGGUCGGAGGGAAGAUAAAAGAGGCAAUGAUGAGAGGAGUCGUGGCCGCUCAGAUGCCCAAGCUGAAGACCUGAGGACAGGUACCACACUAGAGGAAGCUAGAGAUGAUAAACAAAGAAAGGCCAGAGGGAGAUCAGAGGAUUUAGAGCCCACUGCCCAUCGGUACAGUUCCAAGGCCCAUGGGGAGAAAACUGAGAAGCAUCGACGGGAUGAGAUAGAUAGCAGGGGCGGGAGGGAAAUCACGCAUGCCAAGAGGUCCAGAUCACCAGAAAGAAGUGGGAGGUACCACAGAGAGUCGGAUGUUCAUGAAAGGGGCCUUUCAGAGUCUGAUACUGAGAGAAAUAUUGGUAGCAAAGGUAAAGAAAGGGACAAGGAGAACUACAGAGAUGAUAGACCACCAAAAGGAAAAGACAGCUGGGAAGGUUCAAAAGAGCAUUGGAGGAGAAGUCACUCCCGGAAAGAUGCUGGAGAUGGAGAUAACUAUGAGUUCGAUCAUGCCAAGGAAUGGCAUGACAAAGAUAGGAUGGUAGCUGAUAAGCUUUAUGGUCGGUCUGCUUAUAGAAAAGAUAAUAGAGUUCGUACUGAAGGCUUGAAGGCAUCAUCAAACUCUGGAACUAAACAUGAUAAUUCUGACUCCAUAGAGAUCAAGCCGAACCUAAACUUUGAUUUUGGCAGAGAGAAGUCAGUCUCCACACUGCCUGAAGAAGAAUGGGGAUAUUCCCAGGAUGACAGUUUAACUAUGGAUCAUGGAUCUGGGAGGGCUCCUCUUGAUUCGCCAGCUGGAAGAGGAAGGGGUCAGAAGGGGUCAGGACAGAGUAUGAGUGGGGGUGUGCAUCCUCCAGCUAAUAACCACGGAUCAGGUUCUUUCGGCAGGGUUCAUCAACAAGGGCAAAAGGGAGGCAGACCCUCAAGAGGAAGAGGGAGACCACCUAGUAGAGACUCUCAGCGAGCUGGACUUCCGCUACCAAUGAUGCCUCCACCAUUUAGUCAUCUCAACUUACCGCCUGGACCAAUGCAACCCGGUGGGCCCAAUUUGGCCCAUUCCCCAGGGCCAUCAAUUCCUCCCAAUGUGUUCAUCCCGUCGUUUACUGGACCUCUUGUUUGGCCAGGUCCUAGAGGUGUUGACAUGAGCAUGCUCGCUGUUCCUCCCAAUCUGCCCCCAAUGCCUCCUACUGGGCCUGGCGGUCCAAGAUUUGGGCCCAACGUUGGGAAUGGUCCUAACCAUCCCUUGUUCUUCAAUCAACAAGGGCCUGGAAGAGGAGCUCCCCCUAACCUACCAGGUCCUCUGUUCAAUCCGGUUGGGCCAAUUGGUCGUGAUACAGCUAAUGACAAACCUCCCACUGGUUGGGGUCAGACGAGGAGCAGUGGGCCAUCUGGUAAAGCUCCUUCAAGAGGAGAACAAAAUGACUACUCGCAGAAUUUUGUGGACACAGGUAUGAGACCUCAAAACUUCAUUAGGGAGCUGGAGCUCACCAGUGUUGUGGAGGACUAUCCAAAGCUGAGGGAACUUAUUCAGAGGAAAGAUGAGAUUGUUGCUAAAGCAGCUUCUCCACCCAUGUACUAUAAGUGUGACUUAAAGGACCAUGUUCUAUCUCCUGACUUCUUCGGCACCAAGUUUGAUGUAAUUCUCGUGGAUCCUCCUUGGGAGGAAUAUGUUCACCGAGCUCCUGGUGUUACUGAUCAUCUAGAAUACUGGACGUUUGAAGAGAUACAGAAUCUUAAGAUUGAGGCAAUUGCUGACACUCCGUCAUUUAUCUUCCUUUGGGUCGGUGAUGGUGUGGGAUUGGAACAGGGUCGACAAUGUUUGAAGAAGUGGGGUUUCCGAAGAUGUGAGGAUAUAUGUUGGGUGAAAACCAAUAAGAAAAAUGCAACACCAGGCUUACGUCAUGAUUCACACACAUUGUUUCAACAUUCAAAGGAGCAUUGCUUGAUGGGCAUAAAGGGAACUGUUCGUCGCAGUACGGAUGGACACAUCAUACAUGCCAAUAUAGACACAGACAUAAUCAUAGCCGAAGAACCUACUGAUGGUUCAACAAAGAAGCCCGAUGAUAUGUAUCGGAUAAUCGAGCAUUUUGCCCUUGGAAGGAGGAGGCUUGAACUGUUUGGGGAGGACCAUAACAUACGCUCAGGUUGGCUAACUGUUGGGAAAGGAUUAUCUUCCUCAAAUUUCAAUGCUGAGGCCUAUAUCCGGAACUUUUCAGAUAAAGAUGGAAAAGUUUGGCAGGGGGGAGGUGGUCGAAAUCCACCACCUGAAGCUCCUCAUCUUGUACUGACGACCCCUGAGAUUGAGGGUCUGCGACCGAAAUCACCUCCAGCAAAGAGCCAACAACAGCAGUCCAUGUCCUUGAUCACCCCGGGGAGCUCCAACAGCCGGAGGGUUUCUGGAAACUCCCCUCAGAAUCCAAGUGCUGCAUCUUUCCCGGGCAUGAACCAGGAGCCCUCGGGUCUUGAUCCUCCGAACUCUUGGGUUUCCCCGAUGGCGUCUGAUGACAAGUUUUAUGAUGGUUACGGGUUCAAUCCAGCUUGUGCCGGCCAAGUUGUUGGAGAUCAUAUCGAGUUCGAUCCUCAUCGGAUGUUAAACAUGAAUAUGAUGUGAUUGAACUUUUGAGCAUGGUUAUCCUUCCUGGUUCCCCUCCUUUUUGGUAUUAUUAUUAUCAUUAUUAAAUAUAUGUUUGAAUGUGGGAAGGUCGCCAUGCUUUUGUAUCAAGUUUCUCAUUAUAUCAGAUGGCAAUUGGUUUAUUUCUUAUUA